AUGCAAAAACUGAAGCAGCCUCACUUAGAAGUUGCGUGGAGAAUUCUGCGAUACAUUCAAGGUACAAGUGACUAUGGUAUAAUAUACAAGAAAGACAAAAAAUGUGAGGUAGUCGGGCAUUGUGAUGCUGAUUAUGCUGGCGACCAUGAUACAAGGAGCUCAACUACAGGAUAUGUGUUCAAUCUUGGAUCAAGACUUGUCUCCUGGUGCAGUAACAAACAACCGACAAUAUCUCUAUCAAGUAUCAAGGCAGAGUAUAGAGCAACAGCUACAGCAGCUCAAGAAUGUAAAUGGUUAAUACAAUUAUUGAAAGAUAUAUUUCAACCCAAAAACUAUAGAGUGAAGUUAUACUAUCAAAACAAUUCUGCAAUCCAACUAGCAGAGAAUCCAAAAUUUCAUGCAAGAACGAAACAUGUGAGAGGUACAUGGGAGGAGAGGGGAUUGAACUGGGGACAUGGCCCAGGUUCAUUGUGUAACGUGUGA